CCUCAAAUCUGCACCGAAGAUUUCGUGUCACGUGCCGCUGUGUCAUGACGCUCUCCCCCAAAGAGGUCAAACCCAUCGAGAUUGACCAAGCGAAAAAAACACUGAUGGAAAUAUAUGGAAACCCAACUUUCAAAGGCAUGGACGUCCCUAACCCUAACCUGCAAGGCGCUGCCUCGAUUCCAGACAGUCAGCAGGAGCUGCCUGCGCGCUCCAUGCACGACAGUUACCAGGAGCUGGUCAUCCCCCUGGGCCACAACACCUCCCUCCGCGAGAACUACAUGACAGUGGCACAGCGAAUUCGUUUUGGCAGAAUUCUGGAGGAUCUGGACUUGUUUGCGGUUCUUAUUUGCUACACUCAUAACCUGAUACCCGGUGGCCAUCGUGUGCCCCUUCCCACCGUAACGGCUUUAGUGGACCGUAUUGAGCUCCUCGAAUACCACCCGUCGCCUUAUAAGGACCUGCUGUUGUGCGGACAGGUGACCUGGGUAGGCACUAGUUCCAUGGAGGUCACCAUGGAAGUGAGACAGGAAGACCACAGCCUACUGCAGAAGGUCAUGACUGCUCGCUUUGUCAUGGCCGCACGCCAUCCCAUCACUGAGAAAGCAGCUAUGGUCAACCCCCUUAAGCCGGAUGGACCAAGAGAAGAAUACCUCUACAAGCUAGGAGAGAGUUUACUUAUGUACUUCUAUAUGUGCACUGCUUCAGGAAGCAAAAUAGAGCGAAACAAGAGAAUGCAGAUGUCCUUGAUGAAAGUGCCACCUAGUGAUGUCGAGAGAGAUGAAAUACAUCAGCUGUAUCUUCAGACUACGCCCAAAGAAAACGAUGCCUUCGAGACAACUCAACCGGAAAACGCUGUGUGGAUGAAAGACACAAAGCUGAUGAAUAUGGUCAUCUGCCAGCCAGAGGAGCGGAACAUGUACAACAGAAUCUUUGGCGGUUUCCUGAUGAGAAUGGCGUGCGAGCUGGCCUGGGCCAACGCGUCCAGAUACUGCAGAUCUCGAAGCCUCGACCUGGAGAUUCUCGAUCACGUGAUCUUCCUGAAUCCAGUGGAGAUUGGUUCUUUGUUGUUACUCUCCUCCAAGAUCGUGUACACAGAGAGCAAGACCAUGCAGGUGAAAGUUCAUGCUGAGGUGUUGGACCCAGAAACGACAAGCACGAAAACUACCAACUAUUUCUUCUUCACUUUCAACGGCCCGAAUGAUGUGCCACGAGUAUGGCCACACACAUACGAAGAGUUCAUGCUGUAUCUGGAAGGAAAGCGACACAUCAAGUAUCCAGACCUCACUGCUGUCGAAGAGGUGUCGGAACAGCAUCCUGUCUGAUUUGGAUCGACAACACUACUCAGGCUGCUCCUACUUCGAUAAUGUCAACGCUCAUGAGGAUGCCCAAAACUGUUAGCCAGUGGGGAAAUGAAAAAAAAACUGCAAUAAACUAAGAUGCAGUGCACAGCAUCUCAUUUUCCUCUCUCGAUAUGAUGAAAAUAAAAUUGUGUAAUAUACGCUUGUCGGCUGUGCCUUACUGGUGCCCUCGGGUUUUAAUAAUAAUAAAAAUAUCCCCAUGUCAUCUUUUGUACUAAUUAGCCAAUGGAAAGUGUCUGCGUUGUAGGGUCAUUCGAUUAUAUGGACAUCACGA